CACAGAAGCAAGCACAGCUCGAAGGCGCCAGCACAGACGUCCGCAAUGCCACACGAGAGUUGGUUAAGGCCGCGAAGAUGGCAGGCGAAAUGCUGGCGGAAAGUCAGAAGAAAACGUACGAUACGCUUUCAGACAACCAGGCCAAACGCGCAGAGAUGCAGAAGCAGAUCAAGGCACUGGAGUUGGAGAAGGAACUGGAAACUGUUCGAAAGGAUCUGUUCUCACUGCGAAAGCUUAACUACAAUCGAGACACGACUAAGGGAAUGAACGACGGCACAGCACCUCCCUCAUGAGAGAGCUAAAGCCAUGGGUUACACUAACUAUAGGUUAUAGGACGGUGUUUAACGCCUGUCUCAUGUGAUAACUAUGGCUAUAGGUUACAAGGUUACAGGAGAGUGUUUAAAGCCUCUCUCAUGAGAUAACUAAGGCUAUAGGUUACAGGAGGUGUUUAUAUUUAUAGGCCGUGGAUGGAGAUGUACGUGAGGAUAGAAUCCUGUAGAGAGACAUAACAAUAAAGCCAGAAUACGGGAUGA